AUGACCCAGCAGGUGAGGAGGGAGACCAGGAGUGAGGGGGUGACCGCCAUGGGCGGGUACAACCUGUUCCUGGCGACCAAGAUGCCGCCGGAGCACCGCAUCUAUGACCCGGACUUGGAGUCGCUGGAGUCGUCCACGACCCCGUUCCUCACGUCGUUCGAGGUGCUGGACGUGUACAGCGGCCCGCCCAUGGGUGUCUUCAAGUUCCGGCACUGGGGCUACAUGGAGGGCCCAUUCAAGGGCCACCCUCCGCACGGCCACCUCGUCGAGUUCUUCGGUGUCCGUGUCUUCCACGUCGAUCAAGACACCAAGGUGGAGAAGGCAGAGUUCUUCUACGAGCGUGGCAACUUCCUCGCAAGCUUCUUGUCUGCGCCUUCUACUUCUGCUUCUGCUGCAUCGGCUUCAGGUUGCCCUGUGAUGAGAGGAGACUGA